CUUUGGCUGUUUCUUUCAUCAUAUCUCAUUCUCAACAUGGUUUCUCAUCCUCAACCUGGUCCUUCUAACUCAAAUGACUCUUCAACUGAUCCACCCCAAACGCUUAAACUUCUUUUGAUCGGAUCAUCAUCAGUCGGAAAGUCUUCUCUUCUCUUGAGAUUCACCGAUGAAGUUUUUCUUUCGGCUGAAGAAGCUUCAGCUACCAUUGGUGUUGAUUUCAAAGUCAAACUUAUGUCACGGCGUGGAAAGCGGUAUAAGCUCAGCAUCUGGGAUACCGCUGGUCAAGAGCGAUUCCGAACUUUGACGAGUAGCUAUUAUCGUGGAGCGCAAGGAGUGGUUUUGGUCUAUGACGUCACAAGUCGUGAAUCCUUCGAAUCCCUUCCAUCCUGGUUUAGUGAACUUGACACUUUCACACAUUCUCCUAGAGACGUAGUGCGAAUAGUGGUUGGAAACAAAACCGAUAAGGAUUACUCACGAGAGGUCUCGAUUGAAGAAGGUCGAGCCUUUGCAGCGGAUAACAAUGCUCUUUUUGUUGAAACAAGUGCGAAGACAAUGAGAGGUGUAGAGGAAGUAUUCGAAGCUGUUGUUGAUAAAAUUAUUGACACACCCUCAUUACACAACAAGGGCUUGAACCUACGCAGUAACAAUCGUUUGGCUACCUUACCUGGUACAAUCACGUUGGACGAUGAUGAUGCAGAAGAAUCUGGAUGGUGUAACUGUUAAAUCAUUUACAAAACUGACGCAAGCUUUACUUCACCAUCACUUUGAUCAUAUGUACUUGUAUUUCAUGUUUUUGUCCACAUCAUUCUCACGUCGACACUUCUCUGGGUGACUCAAAGUUCGAUCAAGUCGUUUACGGGAAUUGUACCAAAUCCUUUUGAACCGGUUUGAUUUUAUUUUUCUACAUAUUCGUUAUCUUUGGUUGAGAUGUCUUGUUAUAUUUUUGUUAGUGAAGUUCUUUCAUCUUAUCCUUAUGAAUUUAUGAUUUUAGUUGUACUAAAUUGAUACACAUUCGUAUUCCCUGAAGCAAUCUUAACUUGUACCGUGACUC